CUCGACCGCUGAUUGACGGCGUAGCUCUAGGCUCUUAGACCCAGAGCUAUGGAUUUUCGCAUCUUCGUGACCUCGCUAAGAGCACACGGGGCCGAUUCUCGGCCGAACCUCUCGCGACAAGAUUAUGAAUCUCACGUUAUAUGAUGCCAAGAUAUAGACUAUAUUGUUUAGCUAUCCAAGAGCGAAGCGAAGUUGUGACAGAGUCAUUAACCCAUGUACUCGUUGUGGCGCGUACGGCAUACUUAAAGUUUCUUCUCCCCUUUAUUUUUAUGAGCCUCUUCCGUUUAGGGUGAAGUCCUCUUCCAUUGUUGACUUUGUCUUGACUGUAUUAGCACAUCUGUUUUCAAUAUGCUCAACUCCAGAAAUGCCUUUUUAGGCAUAUUAACAGCAUCGUCGACCUACCUUCCUGGGGCUGAUGCCUACUGGCGCAUGUCAUGCAGCCUCAUCCAGACAGGUCGCCUAGAUCCGAACGUAUCACCCGGCGAGGUCUCCGCUCACGUCCACAAGGUGUCAGGCGCAAGCAAUUUCGGCCUUUCCAACACCUAUGAAGAACUCCUCGAGUCUAGAUGCACCUCGUGCGAGAUCCAAGACGACAAGUCAGCCUACUGGACGCCACAGCUCUACUAUGAGCACACCAACGGAAGCUUCGAGGAAGUCCCUAACAGCGGGACUGUCGUCUACUAUCUUGGACGAGGCGAGAACGCCUCUAAUAUCGAGACCUUUCCUCCGGGCUUUAGGAUGGUAUCAGGAGACCCUUAUCUUCGCUCGAACGACACGACCUCCGUCACUUAUUCAGAUAAUAACCAUGCAGGGCGUCUAAUAUCCGAUCGCGUGUCUUUCGCCUGUCUUAGCAGCUCAGGUGGCACGCCAGAACAGAAUCAUAUGCUUGUAACAGACUGCGACAACGGUCUCCGUGCUCAAAUUCACUUUCCAACAUGCUGGGAUGGGCGAGAUUACCAAACUGAUCAAUCUCAUGUUGCUUACAUGUCAGGAAUCGACAACGGUGUCUGCCCCCCUUCACAUCCCCGACAGCUAAUACAUCUGUUUUACGAGGUUCUCUACGGCGUAAAUGACGUAAAAAAGGAGGAAGGCGGACGAUUCGUGUUCUCGCAAGGCGAUCCCACGGGCUUUGGUUUCCACGGCGAUUUCUUAAAUGGGUGGAAUGAGACCGUCUUAAAGGAAGCGGUAGACUUAUGUAUCAAUGAUGCUAGUUUCAAUGGCGAAAUCUCGAAAUGUCCACCACUGGCAAAAUCACAAACGCCUUACCACGCAGAUAACUGCCCGGAACGUCAACAAAUAGUCAACGAAGACGUCAGAGGAAUGAUAGAUUGUCUCCCUGGGUGCAAUGUCGUCACAACCGGUCCCGAACGAGCAGUUCAGCUUGAGUGUCCUGAUGAUACACCUACUACCAACGAUAUAUACGAACCAGGACCAUUUAUUAUGCUUGAUCCUUCUGUAGGGGACAGUCUCAGCGGAAGUACUUUUGCUUACGCCGGCUGUGUAGCAGACAGUAAUCCGAGGGUCCUGAACGGAUACUCUUUCUCGGCUAGCAAUAUGACCAUCGAGUACUGCACCUCGACCUGUAAGACUCAAGGCUAUCCUCUAGCAGGUCUCGAAUAUGCCAGAGAAUGUUAUUGCGGUAAUUCUAUUAGCGCAGAUUUAGAGGAAUGCUCAGACACGCCAAAAAUGGUGUGUACUGGUAAUUCAACGGAGUGGUGCGGUGCACCUGGUCUACUGACUGUUUGGAAUGACGCCUCAUAUUCUGUUGUUGCGCGUGUAGUUGACAGCACUACGAUUAACAAUGGUACCGCGAUGUACUUGGGCUGCUUUGGCGAGACGAGCGGUAGCAGGGCACUCUCAGGGGCCAGCACAUCCAAUACGACAGCUAUGACAAAUGAGAUGUGCGCAUCAUACUGCCAGGACAAGGGUUUUUCGCUCGCCGGAACAGAAUAUUCUCAGGAGUGUUACUGUGGCAACACUAUUACGAGCACCAUUAUUGCCGAUGAUGACGAGUGUAAUAUGAAGUGCAAGGGAGAUGUGUUAGAGGUCUGCGGCGGAAGCUCCAAAUUGAGUGUAUGGAACAUUACUCAAUCAAGUAAAUCGGCUAAGGCAAGCACCAGCGUUUUAACAACAGCAAAUGGAACAGCGACCUACCUCGGCUGUUACACCGACAGCGGCUCGGAUGGGCGCACAUUGUCAAAAGCCUCCUACACCAGCGACUCUAUGACAGUAGAAUCCUGUGCCUCAUACUGCCAGGCUAAAAACUACGCCCUGUUCGGUGUGGAAUACAGCGGCGAGUGCUAUUGCGGCAAUGCCGCCAAGAACUCUUCGACGGUCUCCACUGAGGCAGAUUGCAAUAUGGCAUGCAAAGGUAACUCAUCUCAGAUAUGUGGCGGGAGCUCGAGGAUGUCUAUCUGGAAUAACACGCUCUACGUCUCGACACAUAAUUUGAUUACUAUUAGCAGCAGCGGCUACGCAUAUCUCGGUUGCUACACAGAAGGGACAAGUGGGAGGGCUCUCGGAAAAGGGACCAACACUGCAAGUACAAGUGCUUCAACCUCAGGUCCUAGCAUGACGAUCGAAACCUGCGCGAGUUAUUGCACAGGAAAGGGGUAUGCUUACAUGGGUGUCGAAUACGGCCAAGAGUGUUAUUGCAACAACGAUGGACCAGUCAAUGGAGCCGCGGUAGCUGCUGAGAGUGAUUGCGAUAUGACAUGCAAAGGAGAUAUAACGGAAUGGUGUGGCGGUAGUGGUAGAAUUAAUAUUUAUAAGGCUAGCAGCAGUGCAUAA